UACAGUCGCCAGAGAGAAUCACUUCCUGGAGAGAGUGUUUGUGCUGCUGGUUUAUUUUUUUCAGUGUGUCGUGUGUGUGUGUGUGUGUGUUUGUUGUUAAACCUCUCAGACACCGCGGUUUUACUCUCUAUCAUGGUUUAUAGCUGCUGUCCGAACUGACUGCUGUCUGCUCUGGUAUGGAGUCCCCAGCCGUGGAUGAUGAUAUCUGUAUCCUGAAGCACGAGACAGCGUACGGGCCGACCGAGAGCCCGGUGUCCGUGUGUGCCGGCGAUGAGUCCGUGGCGUCUCACUUCGCGCUGGUCACGGCGUACGAGGACAUCAAGAAGAGGCUGCGAGACACGGAGAAGGAGAACGGGCUGCUGCGGAGGAGAGUCAAACAGCUGGAGGACAAGCAUUUCCGUCCGGAAGCGCCUCCGUCUGAAGGGCCGCAGUACAUGAACAAAGCCUUCAGCGCGUACCGCGGUAUCUACUUCGAGAAGGAGGACCUGCAGAUGGAGCUGAAUAAAGUGAAAAAGGAGAAAGUGGAUUUAGAGCGUGUUCUGACGGAGCAGCUGCAGGCCAGAGAGCUGGAGCUUCUGCAGCUGAAGUCAGAGAUGGACACGAGACAAGUCAUGAGGAGUCUGACGGAUACAGCGGAUUACUGGCAGGUGGACACAAAGAUCCAGUCGCUGCAGGAGCAGCUGGAGCGCUUACAGAUAGAGAAUAAUGCUCUGCACAAGCUCUGCCGGGCCGGACAGGAUUCCUCUGAAAACUGUGUAGUUCGUGAUGAUCAGUCUCAUGAAGAAAUGACAGACUUCAGGACGAUUGCCAUCGUACAGUCGUAUCAGGACGUCCUCAGUGAAGUGUCACGUUUGCACUCGGCCGUUCGGUCGCAGUCAGACCUGGUGAGGAAGCUGAGAGAGAGGCCAGUGCACAUGCUCAGAAGAGCUGCUUCAACUGUUCCAGUGCAGUGUCUGGACGACGUGGAGAGGACCCGCGAGCCGACGGCCCGUCCUCCCAGCGCGCCUCCGCUGCCCUCGGCCUCACAGGACCUGCAGGAGAACUGCUUGAAGGAUCCGCUGUGGAUCCCGCGUCCGGCUCCUCUGGGCAGCCCCGGCGUGCGGAUCAAUCCCCCUCUGCGGAUGGGCUCGCUGGACGACAGCUCGUGGUCCUUCCCCAGCACUCCGAGACCGAACGACGCGCUCUUCUGGGACCACUCCAAGUCCAAAAGCCCGGCCGCCGAUUGGACCCAACCAUACUGAGUCACAGUCCCGCCACAUGACACCUGACCUGCCUUAACACGCCCCUCUCUGGAUGAUCCCGGAUGAUCAAAUACCUCGAGCUGUGACGUCUGAGGAGCGGGAAACCAAAAGACCUGGAGCUGGACGUGCGUGUGUUUGUCCUCAACAUAUACUUGUGAUUUCACUAUAGUAGAUCCUGUACGCUUCUGUUCCUCUCCUGUGAACGGUGGUUGUAGAGCAGUGAUGGCACACACUCCAUUAUAUUAUACUUCAGUGGAUCAUGUCUUGUAUUAUGAAUGUAUACAGGGAAAGUUUUAGUAGUUCAAGCACUCACACUGGAGGACGAGAGGUUUGUUUCUUUAGGAACACGUCUGUCAUGUGUUUAUGCCCAUACGAUACUGCUGUUCAAAUCCGUUCUUUCAAAGAAAUCAAAGAAAAUGUUUUAGUGUUUAGAUUUAGUCAAUAAAUGAGGGGAACAGGUACAUGUGUAAGCUAUUUUCCUUUAAACAGGAUCCCACGAUCAACCUGGAGAUAUCACCAAAAAUUUAGGAUUGUGAUAUAUAUUUAUAAUCUAACAAUUUCCCUGAUAUAUAUAUAUAUAUAUA